AUGGUGAAACUCGUCUUGCAGCACGGUGGAUACACAGACUUAUCUCUGGACUGUGUCGGACAAAGUGGUCCUCAGGCCGAGAGGGGCACAUACUUGCACCCUUCUGUUCAAGAGCAGCCAAAGCCGCACGCAACAAACGUAAAGAUGCUGCUGCUACUACUGGGGAUCAUCUUCCUGCACGUCGUUGCCCUUGUGCUUCUGUUUGUGUCCACUAUUGUCAGCGUAUGGUCAACAGGCCAGUUUGGAACCUCAGACCUAUGGCAAAACUGCUCCUCUGCUACUAAUGGGCAAUUUUGUGUGCCUGCUUCAGCUGGAGAGUGGAUCCAGGCGGUGCAGGCACUGAUGAUUCUGUCCAUCAUCUUCAGCUGCCUGGCGCUCUUCCUCUUCUUCUGCCAGCUCUUCACUCUGCAGAAGGGAGGCCGCUUCUUCCUCACUGGCGCCUUCCAGAUCCUUGCCAGUCUGUUUGUAAUGAGCGGCGCCAUCAUCUACACGGUGAUGAGUCCGGAGUGGGCGCCCUCUACAGACUCCUUCGGGUACUCCUACAUCCUGGCGUGGGUGGCCUUCCCUCUGGCUCUGAUCAGCGGAAUCAUUUACGUGGUCUUAAGGAAGCGAGAAUGA